AUGGGGGAUAGCAGACCAGACAGCUCUCUAGGAGAUGACCAAGGGGGGCCUGACCACCAUCCACCUGUGAGGGUGCAGAAUUGGGCCUUGUGUUUUUCAGACUGUGUCCCUCUGCGUGGCCCCAGCAAGGUGACAGGCACUGUGGGGGAGUCCCUGAGUGUGCGGUGUCAGUACGAGGAGGAACACAAGACUAACGACAAAUACUGGUGCAGAGUGUCACUGCUAACACCAUGUAAAGAGAUUGUCAAGACCAGAGCCUCAAAAGAAGCUGGGAAAGGCCGAGUGUCCAUCAGGGACCAUCCAGCCAACCUUACCUUCACAGUGACCUUGGAGAACCUCACCCUGGAGGAUGCAGGCACCUACAAGUGUGGGGUGGACACGCCAUUUUUUGAUGACAGAUCCUCUGUGAAAAUCAAUCCCUCCUUUGGGAUUGAUAACUCCUUCAAGGUUGUGGUGUCCGUGGUCCCAGCUCCAGUCACAGUCUCUAUACCGAAGAUCAUAGCAAAUAUCCUGGGGUCCCCCACAUCCUCACCAGUGCACACUCAGUCCAGCGUGACCACAGAGGAUACAACUUCUGGUCCCAGCCUACCACCCCGGCCCCUGCUGAGUAGCAUCUACUUCCAGGUCCUGGUCUUUCUGGAGGUGCCCCUGCUCCUGAGCAUGCUCAGUGCCGUCCUCUGGGUGAACAGGCCUCAGCGGUGCUCUGGGGAGAAGCAGCACUGUCCCGAUUAUGAGAAUCAGUGAGGUCUGUUGACGUCGAAGCCCUGUCCAU